GAGUGCAGGGAGAGUAAAGAGAGAGUGUGUGGUGAGAGAGAGUGCAGGGAGAGUAAAGAGAGAGUGUGUGAGAGAGAGAGAGUUCAGGGAGAGUAAAGAGAGUGUGAGAGAGAGAGAGAGUCUGUGUCUGUAUUUUAACAACCAUCCGAUUUAUAUUAAAUUUUGACUUUAAGCUUUCGUGACUGCAGGGAUGCAUAUUCUUGGUUCUUUCGGUAAAGUCACGUAGAAGGGAAAUAAUUAAAUAAUAAAAAUAUCAAACAAACAAAAAACAUAACCAUCCGAUUCAUCUCAUCCGCGUCUGAGUCUGCGCUGCCGAAGCUGUGGAAGGGGGGACCCCCCUCGUGAUUCACGACAUCUCGAGCAUGUUGAGAGUGAUUGAGUGCGAGAGUCUGCGUGAGCGUGCCCCCUCCCCACUCGAUUCCAUCGUUCUUUGGCUGAAGUGCAACACUGCGGCUCACGGGCGCAUUGUGCCGGGGACUCCCCCCCCCCACUCCACCUUCCCCACCACGUUGUUUCGCAGCGUGGGAAGCAACCGGCCGAUUGAUUGUUCGUCUCUGGCUGAGAGGCAGCCCUGCGCGACACUCACCACCGUGGUGGGACGGCCAGCGUCACAAGUGGUUCCCCACUGCACCAUGAGUGCCAAAUCGGUCCUCAACAAAGAGGUGUUCGCCCCCAACGACGAGAGGAUGCUGGGGGCCGUGCAAGUCAGGCGCCGGACACGCAAGCGGAUCCCCUUCCUAGCCACUGGCGGCCAGGGAGACUACACCACCUACAUCUGCCUUUCGGUCACCAACAAGAAGCCGCUGCAGGGCUACAUCACGAAGGUGAAGCGCUUCGAGGGCGUCUCUUCCUUCGUGCGCCGCUCCCAGUGGACGCUGGAUCAGCUGCGACAGGUCAACGGCGUGGACGGCGUCCGAGACUGCCCAGAGUUUGACCUUCUCUUUGACAACGCACACGACCAGUGGGUGGCCGGCACUGCAGCUGAAAAGGGCUCCUUCCUGCAGUCCUUACACCACACAUGCCAGCGGCAUUUGGCUCAGAGACUGCAACCAGAUUUCCUCAACUGCCCUUCCCGGAUCCUCGUCGGGAACAGCAUCUUGUGCACGGCGGCGGACAGCGUGACGAGUGCCGUGCAGAAGGCCAGCCAGGCCCUCAAUGAGCGCGGAGAGCGGCUCGGUCGAGCAGAGGACAAAACCGCCGAUAUGGCCAAUAGCGCCAACCAGUUCGCCGAGACUGCACAAAAGCUCGUGACAAAGUACAAGUGCUGAUGGAGACCCUACCCUCCUGUCCUCACAAGGGAACCACCAGCGCACCCCCUCCACAUCUGUCUGUGCUGCCCGUGUGUUUUUGGGAAAGUGACGUGCACUCUUUAUCUGGUAAACCAUGUAUUGCUUUGUUUCGCGUUGUGUUAUCUCACCGUUUCUGCACAGAACAAUCCACAAAUGUCAAGGGUAAGUAAAGGCAAUGCGUUGUUCAUUUGAAAAUGAAUGUGUGUGGUUUGAGUGCAGAGUAAAUAGAACUGGAAGAUAGAAAUCGCAAGUUUAUUUUAAACGCUUUAGUGGUUUAGGAUUAUGAGCAAUAGCAAUGUUAUUCCUUUCGUGCUUGCAGAAGGUGUAACAAAGUAGCAUCUCAGCUUUUGUCCAACCUUGAACAAAUGUUGUUCACGUAUGAACUGCACAUCGCGAGAUGAGUUUCCAGCAUGAGUUGUGCUCGUGGUUUAAGCCAAACACAUAUUGAUAUUUAAAAAACACGCAAACCUAUUGUUUUCUUUGAGUACGUAUGUCCAUUUUUGUGGAUGCCACAGUUACAUAUGAUGUCUAAAAAUGUGCGGCAGAUAGUCUACCUUCAUUCCAGUAUUAUUGUGUUUGAUAAUUCACCUGCAUCUGAAAAUGGUGUAGAAUCUAAACAUUCCCUAUUGAAAAUAGGAUAUAUUUAUUUAAUAGUUUUUCCUACAAAUUUAUUUUGCUUUUUGUUAACAGAAGAAUAUUGGGAUGUGAACACUGGAUUGAAAAAAACAUUUGUUAUCUGGUGGAACAAUAUUUUUCAUUUAAAAUAUACAGUUCCGUUCUUUAUAUGUUGAAUUUGUAUUUAACGAAGACCUUUGCAAUUGCUAUAGGCGUUAGAUAUGGCUUUACUGCUUAUCAGCAAAAUUGUAUAUUGUCUACUAGGAGUGUACCUUUGGUUCGGAAUCGCAUCAACCCAAUUGUUGCCAGGAAAAUCUAGAAACGUUUUGGGGACUUGCCCAAUUAAGGUUGAAUGGGAACAUGACCCGAUCAUCAUUGGUUUACAUCCUAAGGGGCUUAUCGGGUGCCUAUAUUUAGGAUCCGAUUACGAAGGAUUAACAAUGUCUGUAGGAAUAGAAUCGAUUGCCUGCCAGAGUCGAGAUGUGUUUCGGAAACCUAAUCUGUUUACCGUUUCACUGCAGUAUAUGAAGCUAGCGUGCCGAUCUGUAAGCCAGUGCUUUUGGAAAAAUUGGCAGAUCGCGUGGAGAUUUGUGCAGUGAGACUGCCCAAUCCACGAGGCUGUUGGCUAGCCAGGAUGAAUCAAUGUUCUGGUGCGUUCACGAACCCAUCUGUGUGGACCUGUCAGUUCUACUUUGAUGGGUAUUGGUUUCCUCCCACAAGCGCACACAGUCAUGAAUGGAAUUGUUCAAAUGUCCCCAAGACAGGACCCCUCCUGAAAAUUGGCUUUGAUACUUACAAAGACUUUCCUGGGAAAAUAGUUCACGCUUUAGUAUUUCAAUAACAACAACAACAAAAGUAACUUAACACUGUUGUGUGUUGUUAUUUAAGUCUAAAGGGAUUGUGUUACAUAUUCUUACGCAGUAAUUAAAGUGAUCUCAAUUUACCAGGAUUGGUGAUUGUUGGUUGAAUUGGAUUGGGGUCAAAUUGUUACCCCAAUCUGAACGUCGUGAUCAGAUCCAAUUGGGCUCUAACUGUGCACCCCCUAGUCGUCACAAUAUAAAACAAACCGCAGAAAAGUUGUUACGUGACAUAGAGGCAAAGAGUCACUGCGGUAUUUUAUACUUGGUUCUUUGGAGUAUUUUAAACUUUUUAAAAUUAGUAUUAAUAUAUAGAGCAGUAUUACACUUUAUUUUGGAUAAUGUCUGGAAUAUGUAUUGGAAUGUGUACAGCUUAAUGUCAUAGUAAAUAGUCCAUAAACUUCCUAAAAUUACUGAAACAUCUUCAUCAGUGAGAUGUGUUGUCUGGCUGUGGUUCACCUCCGUAAUUCUGCAUCGUUAGUGAAAUUCUGCUCGGGGGCAAUGCAGCGAAGAUGAAGGGGGUUGCGAUGGGCGAUUGAGUUGGGCUCUUGAAGGGUAUAGCGCAGGCACCAGUAGCAAUGCGACAUCAUGUCCCUGACAUUGGUAUUCACUGUUAAUUAUAGCACAGCUCCAGGGCAUUUCCAGGGCAGCGGCAUUUAUAAUUGUAAUUGAGGUGAUUAACGUGUGGCUGGCAAUCGUGUGAGGGAUGCUCCGGUUAGCACGGUUGGCUACGUAGGAUACAAACGAGAUCUUUGUUGUCAACUAAAACUGUAGAGAAGACCCAAACACGGUCCUAUACUGAUUUAUUCUCUUUGCAACAUUUUGGUUACCAGUUCGAUCUCCUGGCGCCCCAGUUCAAACAACGGUGCGAGUUUCUUCAACAUCCUCCGCCACUUGCCUCUGUCCACCCAACUAGUAUGCACGGCUUAACCAAAUUAGUCGAUUGACAGACAGGUCGUCGUGGGUGCUGGGAUUAGUUGAGAGUACUCCCCAUGACAUCUCCACACCUCCGAUUAGCACGGUUGGCUACCUACGGUGCGAGAGGAGUUCGCCAUACAUACAUCUAAUUGGCGUGGAAGAGUAGGCCGAAACACCCUCGAGAAGGGCUAUCAAGAGCUCACGGGAAGGCACUUCUGCCAGCAGUGUCGUAAGCAAAUAAUUGCAGGGUUGCACCUUUAGGUAAAAAAAUGUUGCGCCCGCUGUUUUGCCCUUGGAACGUGUUUGCUUCAUGUGGUGGGCUUGCAAAUAUAUAUAUUCUGCGUACACAUUUGCUGCAGUAUAUUAUUGUUGCUGUUGUAUGACUUGUAAGUAAAUAAAUAUACGCUACAGUAUUAUAUCGAUAGAAUGGCACAGCCCUAGAUCACACCAAAGGAAACGUAUAUCCUAUUUCAAUAUGAUUUCUUUUUUUAAAAUAUUGGUAUACCAUAUAUGGGUUGCCAUAUUUUAUUUGCUUUUAAUGUAAUAUCAUUAAACACAGUGCCUACUUAAUGUUACAUUGAUGUGUUCACGUUCAUGAGUCAUUUUAUAUAGGGAGUGUAAUGUAGGUUAUAUCAAUUAUAAUUUCAUAGUAGUUGGUGGCGGUCGUCAUCGUGUUUGUAAAAUGUGGCAAAUGUAAGUUUGGUACAAGGGCUAGUGUGCAUGGUUAAGAAAGACAAGAGUAUUUUACAACCUCACAUGUCUGGAAGGGGACAAUUUUUGCUUUAAAAAAAAAGCUCCUAUUGUUAUUUGAUGGCACAAAGAAACGCGGCAAUGUUUUUCACGAGUUAAUAUGCCGGCCCACAGAUGCAGCAAUGCAUGCCAUGCCAUUGUCGUUUGGCAGUAUUGCAAGUAGGAUAAACAAAGGCUGUUUCAGAGAUUCUGACCACCGGAGUGGUGGCUCCGUUUUUGUGGCAAGUGGAAUAUUUUUUGUUUCAAGUGGUGCAAAGAAGAUAACCAACAAUGUGUAGUAUAAUCAGAAAAAAAGUGUUACAUCAAAAGAUGUCUCUUCUUAAGACUUUUAAACAUAUAUGUGUGUUUCGUUGUGUGCGCUGCUACAUAUUUACAAUAUUGGUCGAGCAUAUUUUUGGGAUAAAUGUUUUUUUUCAAAAUUAUACUCUUUUUGGACUGUUGUUUCAAUAUGAAAAAACAUUUGAAAAGAACUGCACACGUGUAUAGUUUCACUUCUCACUCACCGCGUCAAAUGACACUGGACUCACAACUGCAUCUGUGAUAUGUGAGCGACACUUCCAUGUAUGUGUUGAUCACUUCUGCUUGCAUUGAAUGCCUUCUUCGUAUGCCUCCUCUUGUGCACUCUCUCUCUCUCUAACCCUGUUGCUAUUUGGACUGGAAGGGCACGGCUUAAUUUCCUCAGUCGAUAUAUUCCAGAACGCUGCUUGGCUGGUUUGGAUUAUGGGUUUAAGGCACUACUACUAGAGUAUAAUAAUCGUCUGUUAUUGUACCCUAUAGUCCUAUGCUACUAUGAAUUAGGACCAAAAAUAAAGGGACUUGGAUGUGUCGCGACAAAAAUGUUUCCUAGAACAGUGUUCUGGACUGUUCUGGAUGUAAAUUAAGCAUUGUAAGGUUUGUGGUUGUGAUAUCAGUUGGAAAAUACACUAUCUUUUGUGGGACUGCAUGUGGUGCACUAUUUCAUUGAUUCAUGCUCAACGAAUUGGAGAGUUGGGUGGAGGACGGUGGAAGUAUCAACAUAAUGGAAGCAAUCCCAGGAAGCUGAACCACAUAGGAGAGGGGUGAACACAUUUUUAUAUAUUCAUGUAUAAAAUCAAGAAUCAAACAAGGUUUGGGUGAUUAUUGUACCAAAUGCUUCAUUGUGCUGUUUGUGCAUUUGCUCAGGUUUUUGUGCAAUAUACCUAUGGACAUUAAUUGUUGGUUGUUUAUUUUCAUCACAUUCAAGUGGGUGUUCGUAUUACAAUGGGCAUCAAGAGUGGUAGAACAUCACAAGGGCUCCAGCAAUGUUGACCAUUGGGGGGCAGCCCUUGCACUCUAAUCUCGUGUGCACACUGUUCAUGCCUUGGCACUGGACCGAAAGCAGCUGUGUUAAUGAAGUCUCGUUGAACUUCACAUUUGGGGCCCUGAAAUGUUAUUGAUUGAACCAAGUAAUGCAUCACUCCGUUGAUUAUGCUAAUAUUUACCAUGUUGACAUAGCAACAUGGAUACCCAUAAUGCAAUGCGCCAUAAACAUUUUCUAAUGCUUAUUUUAAUACAAAUUCAUUUACGUAGUAAUAAAUGUAUUAAUAUAGGGCUUGUUAUUCGAUAACCACUCAUAGGUAAUUAUUACUCUUAAUAAAAAAAAACUGGUCCUCACCAAAA